GAACAUUCCAGAACCCCUUCGCCUUCCCCUAGAAGGCCAGAACUCUCUCGUCUCCUCUUCCUCCUCGCCUAUUAAUCUCCCACUUUUCAGACUUACCUUCACUCUCUCUUCCUCUAAACCCCUCUCUUUCUCUCACAUCCAAACUCUCUUCCUCUCUCUUCAAUGGCUGACGAAGCUAAAGCUAAAGGUAACGCCGCCUUCUCAUCCGGCAACUACGCCGACGCAAUUAAACACUUUUCCGACGCAAUCUCUCUAUCACCAACCAACCAUGUUCUUUACUCUAAUCGAUCCGCCGCACACGCCUCCCUCGGAAACUUCUCCGACGCUUUAACCGACGCCCAGAAAACCGUCGACCUAAAAUCUGAUUGGCCCAAGGGUUACAGUCGAUUGGGCGCCGCUUAUUUAGGUCUCCAUGAUUACUCCGAGGCAAUCUCCGCUUACAAGAAGGGUCUUGAAUUCGACCCGAAUAACGAGGCCCUUAAAUCUGGGUUGUCCGACGCUCAAUCCGCGGCUUCUCGCGGCGCCCGCUCUAGUUCUUCUCCGUUUGGGGAUGCUUUCUCUGGGCCAGAGAUGUGGGCCAAGCUCACUGCGGAUCCGGCUACCCGGGUGUUUUUGCAGCAGCCUGAUUUCGUAAAGAUGAUGCAGGAUAUCCAGAAGAAUCCGAAUAGCUUGAAUAUGUACUUGAAGGAUCAGAGGGUUAUGCAGGCUCUUGGGGUUUUGUUGAAUAUUAAGAUGAUGAGUGGUAAUGGGCCUGAAGAUAUGGAGGUGCAGCCCGAUGAGCCCACCACUACUACGGAGAGAGAAUUCAAGAACCCUGAGACCAAACCCGAACCCAAGCCAGAACCCGUACCGGAGCCCGAGCCGAUGGUGGAAGAGCAUAGUGAGGAGAGAGAGAAGAAGGAGAAGAAAGUAAUGGCUCAAAAGGAGAGGGAGGCUGGUACUGCAGCUUAUAAAAAGAAGGAAUUUGAGAAAGCCAUUGAGCAUUACAAUAAAGGUAUUGAAUUGGAUGAUGAAGAUAUUUCUUUCUUGACUAACAGGGCUGCUGUAUACCUUGAGACGGGCAAGUAUGACGAGUGUAUCAAGGACUGUGACAAAGCUGUCGAAAGAGGUAGGGAGCUUCGGUCAGACUACAAAAUGGUUGCCAGGGCCUUGACCAGGAAAGGAACUGCUUUGGCAAAAAUUGCAAAGACUUCACAGGAUUAUGACCUUGCUAUUGAAGCGUUUCACAAAGCUCUGACAGAACACAGGAAUCCCGACACAUUAAAGAAGCUGAAUGAAGCCGAAAAGGCAAAGAAAGCUCUGGAACAGCAAGAGUAUUUUGAUCCAAAUGUAGCUGAUGAAGAACGUGAAAAAGGUAACGAGUACUUCAAGGAGCAGAAAUAUCCCGAAGCAAUAAAGCAUUACACAGAGGCUAUCAAGAGGAACCCUAAAGAUGCAAAAGCUUACAGCAACAGAGCUGCAAGUUACACCAAACUGGGGGCAAUGCCAGAAGCAUUGAAAGAUGCUGAGAAGUGCAUUGAGCUUGAUCCUACCUUUGUUAAGGGGUACACUAGAAAGGGUGCUGUCCAAUUCUUCAUGAAGGAUCAUGAGAAGGCAUUAGAAACUUAUCAGGAAGGACUAAAACUUGAGCCUAACAACCAGGAAUUGUUGGACGGUGUGAAAAGAUGUGUACAACAAAUCAAUAAAGCGAGCCGUGGGGAUUUGACUCCUGAAGAACUCAAAGAGAGACAGGCAAAGGGAAUGCAGGACCCAGAAAUCCAGAACAUUCUCACUGAUCCUGUAAUGAGACAGGUUUUGAUAGACUUCCAGGAGAACCCAAAGUCUGCACAAGAUCAUAUGAAGAAUCCAAUGGUGAUGAAUAAGAUCCAGAAGCUGGUCAGUGCUGGAAUUGUACAAGUUAAAUGAUUUGGAACCAGUUGAUCUAUUUUUAGGAACAGUGACACAACUUUGGCAAUUUUAUGUUUUUUCACUGCCCAACUAUGUAAUUGCACUGAUUGGUGGAUCAAUUUAGUAUAAUUCUUGUUAAAAUUUUGAACUUUAUUUUUAAUUGAGGUUUUUUGGUCUGUUA